AUGGGCUCGAAGCUCCGGCAACUGACUCCUGUGAUGCAUCUGCCCGCCGUUGUAUCCGCUCGACAGGAGGCACUUCAAGGGCUCAAGAAAAUCAGCGCAAUCCAAGUUUCGCACGCGGCCGAGAAGGACCGAUAUGUGGUCGACGUGUGUGCCGAGGACCGGCCAAAUUCCACUUCGACCCCCCAAGAUGGCGAUAAGCCUCGAGCACGAAGCCGUCGAGUUGAGAAGGACUUGUCGGAGUUUGUCGACCUGCACGACAAAGUGUACGACAUUGUGCACUUUGCUCACCGUCGUGACCAAAGCGAACUGUGCAGCAAAAUCCUCGACGUGAUCGUGUUUGGACCGAAUCCAGACAGCCUGGUCCUACACUUUGUGAGCCGUAAGCGGGUCGCGCGUGAACUUGGACGCUUCUUGGAAGCCUUGCGUAAGGUUACCGUCGAGCACACUACGACUGGUAGUCAAGGCGGCUGCUCUGGGCAAACCCUCGUGGUUCAAGUAGUCCACGGAUUCCUGCUUUAA